AUGGACAUUACGGUCUCCAGUGUGUUGGAGAUCAACAAGGAUCCCAGCCUGUUACCCAAUAUUUCUCUGGGCUUCCACCUCUUCAACAUCCACUUCCUGGGGCCGAUGGUGUCCAAGAGCUCCUUGGCUCUGAUCUCGGGGAGAUACAGGAUGGUUCCCAACUACAGAUAUAAGGCAGAGCAGCAGGACAAACUGCUGACUGUCACAGGAGGAAUGUCAUCAACACUGUCCAUGACUAGCUCUUGGCUUCUGGGACUUUAUAAGCUCCCCCAAGUGAGGAAUCCUGACGACAAGGGUGUCCAGUGCAGGAUAGUCAACUGUCCCUGCACCUUAGAGAGAAAUCAUUCCAGUGGCUACUAUCAGCAUGGAGAAGUGGUGAUCGGAGGACUCUUCUCUCUGGAUGUGAUUAUGAGUCACUUUCGUUCCUUCGAGAACUUCAUGGAACGGUCAUUUUUCUUUUCCGAAUACUUCGCCAAACACUACCAGCAUCUCGUGGCCCUGGUGUUUGCUGUGGAGAAGAUCAACAAGGACCCCACCCUGUUACCCAAUAUUUUUCUGGGCUUCCACCUUAACAUACACUUCCUGGGGCCGAUGGUGGCCGAGAGCUUCAUGACUCUGCUCUCGGGGAGAUACGGGGUGGUUUUCAACUACAGCUAUGAGUCAGAGCAUCAGGACAAACUGCUGACUGGCAUAGAAGGGAUGUCAUCAAUAGUGUCUAUGACCGGCUCUUGGCUUCUGGGACUCUAUAAGCUCCCCCAAAUCCCCCAUGGCCCUGACUGCCCCUCUCUCAGAGAUAAGGCCCGGUUCUCAUCUCUCUAUCCGAUUUCUGUUUGUUUCUCAGAUCAGCCCUCAGUGAUGUUCCGUCACAUUAAACAUUUUAAUUGGGUCUGGAUCGGCCUCCUGGUUACCAGUAACAUUCGAGGAGAGAUGUUUGCUACAGUCCUAACAGGGGAGAUGGCCAAGAAUGGCAUCGGUGUGGCUUACAUAAAAGAGUUGACGAAUUCUUUACUGAAAGUACACUCCAGACUGAGUGUGACCACAGACAAAUUGAUACAUCGUCGGCAAAUGUGGUUGCUGCCUAUGGAGAUACAUUCUCUUUACUGA